GAAAAAGGUCCCGUUUCGAAAACUGCCCCCGUGCUGAAAGGAGGGGGCAAAGGUAGGGGUGGUCUACCCCCACGUGUAAGGGUUGGAACGUUGUUUUGUUGCGUGGUUCACAUGUCCAACAGUCCAGGGCAUCGAGGCGACACAGUUUUGAUGUCUUUUUCCCGCGUGAAUGGCAAUAAAAUUCGAAAAAGUCGAUUUUUUUAAAAACUCGCUUCCAACUUCAGGCCCAUCGGCAGGGUGAACGAGUAACCCCACGUCAACGCCGUUCGCGGAUUGGGACGCGCGAAUGCUUUAUUAACAGAUCCCCACAAAAUUAGAUUUUUUUAAUCACGCUUUCGUUGUCAAAACAGUGCAGAUUUGAAAGAGUAGUAAGUGGGCAUCAAUUCACAUCAAUCCUCGCCAAUGCAACUUUACACACACUCGGAAGACAUUUGGAGACUAUUCCUCACGAAGUUUCACCGAAAUCGAUUGAAAGCUCUCAUAGUUAUGAGCAUUUGAAAAAUCGUUCCGGUUUGCUUGUCCGCUAGUGUAGACUGCGGACCUUUAUUCAAAAUAAAAUCUUAGCGAACGUGCCUAAAAAAAUUGAACCUAAAUAGGAAUCUAUUUUAUUCUGCAAAUGUUAUAACGUGAACUUUACUUUCAAUCUUUUUUAUAUUCUUGCGUAUUGUUUGCAUUUUGUAGCUUCUUAGACAUUCAAGUUUCCUAUAAAUGCAUAACGAUCCGCAGUCUACUUAUAACCAAAUAACCACAUCCUUUAACGUUAAAUAUAAAAAGAAAAGAAAAUGAAUUAAUCCCAAAAACGAUCGAUUAAGAAUCGAAUAUCCCUAAAACGAAGAUAUACAAUUUUGUCGCGAACAUGUCCAGAAUAUUCGUUAAAGAAAUAAUAGCUUCUUUGAAUUACUAAUGUACUUUCUCGUGCUCACCAUGAACGAACGAAUUUCACUUUCGUCGAAAUGUUCGGCGAAGAUUUUCUUCGUCGAUAGUUAGGUUUUUCCGGAGAGGACGCAAAUGUUCGUUACACCGUGCGAAAGGAUACGAGAAGAAGAUUGCGUUGACUCGCUAUGCUACGGUGAGGACUUCUCACACAAAGGUGGUGUUCCUUCGAAUCAUGUUGAAAUAUAAGUUGGACUUUACGCAACAUAAAAGAUUAUUCAGGAACGGUUGUUCGUUAAUUGUGCAGUGUUGAAUCUUUUCUUCGUAAAAUGAACGAUACCGGUAUACUGCUCCCAAGCAGCCAUCGCUGUUUGCAUAGAGGAUUGAAAAGAUAUCCUAGUAUCGAUAAAAAGAUCUGGGAUCCAAGUAGUAAUUGGAUUCUUCAAUGGGAUAAUAUCGUGAAGCACCCAGGUGCUAGGGCAAGAGGAUGCCAUUGUGACAUUCAUAAACCGCCAUGGCUAUAUCCAGACUUAGUUGGAAAAAGUACCGAUGAACCUGACCGGGCGAUUAAAUCUGCUCCUGUGAAAAGGACAGCUGUUCCUCCAAAAAGAGGACAAUUUGGACCAGCUAAAACUCCAUCUUCUGCUAUAGCUCGACCAGGUAACCCAGCACCCAUGGUUCCAAGGGCACCAACCACCAAAAGAAACGUGUCUGUAAAAUCGACACCAGGUCAGGCAGGUUCCGUGGACGAAGAGACGUUUCUUACAGCGUUUGAAGAUGUACCAGCGGUCACGUUGUUUUCAGCAAAAGAUCUCGAAGAACAGAUGAAAGUUAUAAAAGACGUCGUUGGUGAUGAUAAAAAAGAUUGGAAACAAAGAACAGAAAGUAUGAAGAAGUUAAGAUCUAUCAUUAUCGCGGGAGGAGUAAAUUACGAGAACUUUCUAGAAUGUUUGAAAAACGUGCAAAGACCUUUUGAAGUUGCUUGCAGCGAUCUUAGGUCACAAGUUGUAAGGGAGGCGUGUAUUACUCUAGCAUAUCUUAGUCAACAAUUGAAAAAUAAAUUUGCUAGUUUCGGAGAGGCGGUUUUACUCACAUUAAUGAACCUCAUACAAAAUAGUGCCAAGGUUGUCGCAACUGCUGGUGCCGUGGCUGUGAGGUUUAUUCUUCAAAAUACACACUGCAGUCGUUACGUGCCAAUUAUCUCCUCCUGUUUAAGUAACAAAAGUAAAGACAUAAGACGAGCUUCAUGUGAAUAUCUAAAUCUAAUUCUACAAACGUGGCCUACCCAAAUACUGCAGAAACAUGUACAAACAUUGCAAGACACGAUUAAAAAGGGUAUCGCAGACUCGGACUCGGAAGCUAGAGCUUUCGCUAGGAAAUCGUAUUGGGCAUUUAAGGAUCAUUUUCCUGAGCAAGCAGAAGCGUUGCUAAAUAGUCUUGACACUGCGUACAAACGUUCGUUAAUGUCUCUUAGCAAUAGUGGUAGUAUUAACAGUGUAAACGUAGUUACAAGGUCAGCGAGUAUCAGUCCGAGAACAUCGAGACCAGUAAUGAGCGCCACAGGUAGUACGGAAAAUUUGCAUCAAACUUCGGGUCAACCACAUGGCUCCCUCAGACGUACUCCGUCCUUACCACGGUCUUAUCGCCAGUCUGGUAUCCCAGUUCUACAAAGACCCACUGAUAAUCAUUAUCGUCCAACCACAGGCGUUAGAUCGACUAGCGCUAUAGACUUGCAAGCCGCACAAAGAGCGAAAGCGAGGAUGAUGUAUGCGAAUAUCAGCAGACAGAAAGCAUCUCUCCCCCGUCCAACUAAGUCACCAGACACUGCUAUAGUUGCUAGUCCAGAAAGAACGGCAAGGACGCGAACGAGAAUGGCCGGAGUGUCGCAAUCUCAACCCAGCAGUCGAUCAGGAUCACCGUCGUCUAGGCUGAGUUAUGCGACGUAUAAUCGCGAAGGAGAAUCCUUAAUAGCGAGACCCAGGCGAUUACCCAGUCACGGAAUCAGGAGCACUGGCAAUAGCCGUGAACCCAGCCCACAAAGGUUUGGAAUGGAUAGGAGUUUUGCCACAAAAAUACGGGGAAGGAGUUUACAUAUGUCUCCUACGGACAGGCCUCAGUCUAGGCCAGUUAUGGCACAAAAGAUGCUUCAACAAUCGCGCGAAGCGGAAUCAGCGUUAGCGGAUGCACUUACGUUUGAUAAUAUCGACAGCUAUACCAGAACACCAAGGGGGAAAGGUGAUCACAGCGAUGACAGUGAAACUAGCAGUAUAUGUUCAGAGAGGAGUAUGGACAGCUUCAGGCGACCGAAUGAUUCGUUCUCAUGGAGUGGCUCUCAACAAAGACUGUAUCGUGAUAUGUGGGAUCAGUCUAUCCCAAAGGACAUUAAGGAAAUUAUUGAAAAUUGUGCGCAUAAACAUUGGGGAGAUAGGAAAGAAGGUUUAGUGGGAUUGCAGCAUUUUCUAUCGAACGGAAACACACUCACGGCGACCGAGUUACGCAAAGUGACGGACAUCUUUACCAAAAUGUUUAUGGACUCUCAUACAAAAGUGUUCAGUUUAUUUUUGGACACGCUGAACGAACUGGUAGUUACCCAUAACGAAGAUCUCGGCGAUUGGCUGUACGUGUUGUGCGCGAGACUGAUGAACAAAUUAGGUACCGAUUUACUUGGUUCCAUACAAGCAAAAAUCCAUAAGACACUCGAUGUUGUCAGAGAAUGUUUCCCAGGAGAACAACUCCUGCCCGCAGUGAUGAGGUAUUUGACGGACCCGACACAAACGCCGAAUUCUCGUGUAAAGGUAGCCACGCUUACAUUCAUUACGCAAAUCGCAGAAUCGGCGGAACCGUCUGCGCUUAACAACUCCGCAGGGUCAGCUCUGGCGAGGCUACUCGAUUGGUCCAAUGACGUUAAAAGCCAAGAUGUCAGGAGACAUGCACAAAACGCUGUCAUAUCAUUGUAUAACUUAAACCCCCCGAAAGUGACCAUGAUACUGGGUGAAUUACCCAAGCAUUAUCAAGAGGCAGCAUUUCCGUUAGUUCAGAAUCAUCUGAGAAAAUCCUCGGGUUCGAGUAAUCCAGCGUCACCUGGUACACCACCUCCCAGAGCACAAAGUUCACCGGCACGCUCGAAACCUAAAGGCGACGUCGAUAAUGCCGAUGAGAACUUGGAGGAGGUUUACAAAUCGUUGAGACGCACGACGGCAGAAAUUCAAAAUUAUGGUUUCGAGCGUUUAGAAAGAGCAACCACCAGUAAAGACAGUGGGAUCAGUAAUAUGGCUGACGUGGAAGAAAAAAUGGAAGGUCUCACGUUGUGUAAUUCGGGUCGAUCGUCUUCCGUUUCUUCGCCUACACAGAGAGGACGAUCGGUUACAAACAUUACGGUGAAUGGUUCGAGUGAUACUAUUGCAGGCGACUUAAUCCUACCUCAGGAAAAUAAUGGUUACAAAACACACGGGUCGUCGCCUGAUUUGGCAAGCAGGCCAGAAAAUUUAGACAAUAUAACUAAGAUAUUGCGGUCGAAGACAAGGUCUACCGAAGAAAAAGUAUCAGCUCUACAGGAGUUUCAGCAGUACAUUCGAGAAGGAGACGCCUCGUACAUGAAACAAAAUUUCAAGAAAAUACUCAAAACGUUACUAGAUAGUCUGACUAACGAUAGCAAGAAACUGCAAGUGGAAGUACUUCAGACGCUAAUCGAUAUGCUUAAGUGUCCAGACCUUGUGGACAGUUUUUCCGUGUAUCCUGAGUUGCUUGUUUUGAAAGUAAUUACCGUAUACAAAUUGGACGACCAGAAACAAGAUACUUCUAGCAGCGGCAACACGAGAACUUCAAUUUUUUGGAUGGCAGAAAAAUGUGCUGCAACGAUAGCGAUGGUUCUGAAACCGGAACCAAUCAUUCAUUUAGUAUCAACUAUAAUUACUACCGAACCGUAUCCUCUGAACAUGGGAGCAAUAAAAAUGCUGCACAAAGUAGUGGAACAUUGGGGUCGAGAUGCGAUAGAGCCUCACCUGUCGAAGGUUAUGCCUGGUCUUAUUAAGGCGUACGACGAUCACGAAAGCGCGGUCCGGAAAAGCGCCGUAUUUUGCAUGGUAGCGAUACACUUGGCAGUCGGGGAGGAGGUAUUGAAGCCUCAUCUCAGCUGUUUGUACAUCAGCAAACUGAAGCUUUUAAAUAUCUACAUACAACGCGCGCAACAAGCAAAAAGUCAACCGGCGAGUCCACGUAGUAAUAAUAAAAAUUAACUAACAUCAAAUUCCGCGACGCUUAGGAUCGCGAUACUUAAGAGAUUUGCCCGUUUAGGCGCAAGGCACGAACGAAUGCUGCUUAGUUUUUUGAGUAAGUCCAAUCCGUGACAACGCAAGCCGUACAAGUCGAAGUUUCUUCGACGCGGUAGACGGAUCUGUACGACUUCACGGCAGGGUGUGUGUAUAUGUGCGACAUACCUGAACUCCUGACAGUGGUGUUGCACAAAACCAGAUAGUGUACAAAUGUACGGAUAUUGUUUUGUUUGCCAAAAAUUUAUACCUGUUGCAGUGUAAGAAGAUUGAAGAAUGUUGAAGAUUUUUUUUAACAGUUUUUAUAUUCAGUCAUUCUUCGCGAAUCGCUUUAAGGUAUAAGAUUUUUCACUCGAGAUACACGUGUGUGUGUGUCUUUUAUCGAUACGUUACAUAGUCGUACUAAGUUGCAUCGUAUGAAGAAAAGCUUUUUAGAACUUUCUCUCGUAUAUUAUGUUGUAGUUUGAAAAGACAGUGCGACAUCACUGCCGAGAGGAUCAAAUUAUUAUACUUCAUAAAGCAGAGUGUACGUGAACGCCAAUUACGCGGAUAUUCGGUACACAUUGUAUAAAAUGCGUCGUACGCUUGUAUGCCGAUUUAAAAAUAUCGCUGAUUGCAUCGUGUGCAACGAUAGGUUGCUAUACACGUUGCGAUCCAUCGAUAAACAGAAAAAUACGUUGUGAACGUUUCAAAACGAAAAUAAGUGACACGCUUUGGUAUCGGCUCUGUACGAUCAGUGGGGAUGAAUAAAUCGUAACAAGUA